GAGAGGAGUAGGGAUGAGGGGAGAGAGCAAAAUAUCUCGGUUGUUCAGUAGCUGUAGAAAAAUCUAAAUUUAAAAUACAGUUUCUCGCAUAGGUUGGACUAGAAACCAAAAGCUUCAAGCCUGUUAUAUGUUCGGCGUGAUUUUGUGAUUAUACGUAAAGUGAGAUUUGGAAGUACGUGGCCACAGAAGCCAAAUUGUAUGUGUGAAGUGCUAACUGUUAGCUGACAGGCUACCUAGCAGAGCCAUUGAUGCAAUGGCGUUGAAAAGAAUUCAGAAGGAACUGACAGACCUGCAGAGGGACCCUCCUGCUCAGUGCUCUGCCGGACCAGUUGGAGAUGAUCUGUUUCAUUGGCAGGCAACAAUAAUGGGUCCGAGUGACAGCCCAUAUCAGAGUGGAGUGUUUUUCCUCACCAUUCACUUCCCGACAGAUUACCCCUUCAAACCACCCAAAGUUGCAUUCACAACAAAAAUUUACCACCCUAAUAUCAACAGCAAUGGGAGUAUUUGUCUGGACAUACUGAGAUCACAAUGGUCACCUGCACUCACAGUAUCAAAAGUAUUAUUGUCUAUCUGCUCUCUUCUUUGUGAUCCAAACCCGGACGACCCACUGGUACCAGAGAUUGCCCAUACAUACAAGGCUGACAGGGAAAAGUACAACAAAUUAGCAAGAGAUUGGACACAGAAGUAUGCAAUGUGAGAAUACCAGGGAGAUCAAAAUACAAAUGAGAACAAAAGAAACACGAUUGAUUUGUAACUUGAGGCAAAUGAGCAACAGUGGAAAAAACUAGACAGCAGCCCAUCUUUUGGAGGAGGAAGAGAUACAGUGAGGUACAGUGGCUUUCCAUGUGCUGAGCUGCUACCAUGUGCUGUCCUUCAUGAGUUGUAUGGAUCUGUUGAGCAGGACCUGAUGGGCUCCUUAAAGCACUCCCAUAUGGAAUACCGGAAACUCUUCACAGUCCAUACCGCCACACUCAGACUUUAAACUGUUACUCCUGCUAUUGUGAUUAUCACUAUCAUUGUUGCUAUUACGCAUCAUUUUCACUGUCUAUGAUUCAUUAUCAUCGUGCUACUCAGAAGCAAAAGGUUUGAUUUAUUUAGGAGAUUGGCUCUCCCUUCAUUUCAGAGGUACUGUGUCCCACUGGAUGUCUUGUUAUUACUGUAUUUCCAUGUAUUUAGUGGCCUUUCUGUGUUGUUAUUUUCGGUAUAUGUGCAAUUGAGGCAGAAUGUUCCCUGUCCAACACAAAAUGGUGCAGUGCCAUUACCAGCAGCUGAUCUGUUGGCACAUACUACCCCGCAACAAUGUGAAAGAUGUAAAGAAUCAUUGGUCUCUAACACCCACUGCAUUUUAAUUUGCAACAGUAUUUGGUGGUUUUGAGGACACUGGAGAACUGCUGUUAGGAGCCAGCGGGCCCUUGCCCCACUAGUGUGGGGCUCCAUAGGGUGAAUGUCAACUUCCAUUUUUCUCACACAUGCUGUCAUUGCCCUUAUAUCCUGUAGAAGCAAACACCCAUGGCUGGUGUCCAUAGUGCACAAAAUACUACUGUUGUUUGACUUGUUACUUGUUGUGUAGCUAUGACCAUAGCUACUCUUUGGCCUAUAGCUUAGCUGUAUGCCACCUCCUCAGUACAGUUACUCAGGUAUCUAACCAAAUCAUCAGCCUUUACAUGCAGUGACCCAUGGUGAGAAAAAUGAGCAGGGCUCAUAUCAUCAGGCUUAUAAAAAAAAUGGUAUAUAUCUGAGUUCACUGGUUUGUCACCUAAAAGAAACACGCUUCCUUAAGAGACAAAAUGAUCAACCACAGAUCAGCACUCCUGAAGUUCUGUAUGCAUAUAGGCCCAGAUGUCCUGUGUUGCACAAAAGUAUGCUGUCCCAGAAGUACUGUCAUUUUGUCACAGAGAGGGUUUUUUUCUUUGUCCCUCUCCGGUUCCUCUCAUCACCAUCACCAUUUAUUUUCGAACAAUACUUGGAUGUUAACAGCUUUUAAAUGAUGCUGUUAAACAUGUACAUGCUACUGUUUUUCUAAAAUGAAAUGGCCUUUGGUUACAGCCGGUGUCACUUACACUCAAAAUGGGAAUUAAACAGAUUUGACAUUUUGCAGAAGCUUGUCAUUAAGUCGUGUGCAUUGUUACUUGAGGUGAAUAAAUACGGUAACUUGCCAUGACUGUUUAAUCUGCUUUAAAGAUCAGGUGAUGUUAUGUACGUCAGUAUCUCUUUAUGUUCAUAUUCAUGAUGGGGUCUACAAAGGUUUGUUUUGUUUUGGGAUUUAUAAUCCACACUGACAGUAAAAUAGUUUAUCUGGGUGAUUCGUUUGUGACCUUUUGUAUUGUAUCUUUGAAAGCUUUAGUUUUAGGCAGUUUUUUUUCAUUCAUGUCACCAGAAUUGAACAUGAUUGUGAUGUGUCAUAAUGUAAUAUUAGUUUUAAUAUAAUCCAUUGUGACUGUUGGAUAAAGUAGUUAGGAUUUCUUUUUUCUUUUCUAUUUUGGCUCAUAAUGUGCUGAUGCUGCCAAUAUAAAGGGAAUUAUUUGAUGUUAAAAAGGAGAAUAAGUUUUGCUAUUGAGGCAUUAUUGAGUGGAUUCAUCCAGAAAGGUCCAUAGUAAAGCAUGAAAAUUUUAGAAGCUUUGAUUGUAGAAUUAACACCACAGUUUAGGCACCAAAUAUAGAUUUUCAUAAUUAGCUGCUGUAGAGAAAAUAGUCAAAACAAGUUGUCCUGAAAUACAGUAUAUACUAAAAGGUUUUGAGAAUAUAUCCUCUAAAUGCAGUGGAAGUCUUUUUUUUUUUUUUUUUUUUUACUGCUCGACCACAAUUGAAAAUGAUUUGUGUGUAAUAGUACUAGUUCAAACUUUGUGUGCAUUGUUGUUUGUUAAUCUGGCUAUUUAUUUAUUCAAAAGCUGAAAGCUGAGUAUCUUCCAACUGUACGAUUGGAUGCAGCCUCGAUUCAUCAUGUGAGUGACAUUGACUUCCUUUGUCCAGUGUGCUCAAUAGAGUUUAUAUAGGCAGCUUGGCAUGCUUUGCACUCUGGAGAACCUUCUCACAGCCAUUAUCCAGAUAUCAGGGAUUUCGUUACAAUUCAUCUGCCUAACACCUCUGACUAAAAUUUUAGCCUUAACCCUCAUUUUGUGUGUGUAUAUAUAGAGAGAGAACGUUGUCAUAAACUGUAAAUUUGCUAUCAGGGCUGUAUCCCCUCAAUGGGUCAUUAAUUUCUUCAGUAGACAUGAAAUCCUGCUUGAACAGCACCAAUAUUUUUGUUGAAAAUUUCGGCCUGGCUUUCUCUCAAUGCAGGACCAGCCUUCAUGCAUCUUAAAAUUUGGAAUAUGUGUGCUUGAACUGCCACCAUGAUCGUCCACAUGUCUUCACAUAGCCUACACAAGAUAACUAUUGACCGUGUCAUAACAUAUGAAUAAAGCUCAUCUUGGUUUACUGUU